AUGUCUGAGUACGAGCAAUUUACAGAUGAGGAUUCCUGUCCGGGUUCUCCAUCGUCUCUUCGACAGCAAGCGGUCUGUAGCAGUGACUGUCCUCCGCCAUAUUUCCCACCCACUGACGAAGGCAAUGCAUUGUAUACAUGGGGAGACAAUACGUCAUCUGGGUCUAAUGUUGCGUCAUCACUUCCAAAAGAUGAUGGACCUAAACCUCCCCCAUACAGUCACGUCGCCAACGAUGUAGCUCCAUCUUUUGAUUUACAGGGCACGGAGUCCGGACAUCCUAAUAACAACAUAUCUGUACCGUCGUAUACAGCCACUGACACAAGUGUUGUCAUUCAACAACCCAGCAGCAUUGAACUGCCAUCAGUAGUAAUUAUAUUUAUCUCGCCACCUAACGACUAUCUGGGCUGGUCUAUAUGUGGUUGUUUAUGUUGCGUGUGGUCAAUCGGAAUUUGUGCCAUUAUCUCUUCCUACGACUCACGACGAGCAGCUUCCAAUGGAGACAUGACAAAUGCUAAAGCCAGUUCAGUGUGUGCUUUGAGACUAAACAUCAUCAACAUGAUAUUCGGAGUGGUUAUAAUAACAUAUUGUUUACUUAGGUUUGGACUUGGUUUUUGA